AUGCCACCAAUGCCACCACUGAAGCCGGCCUCGACGGCCGCCACCGCCUACUCGACAUGCUACCCGGAAACGGAGGUGUCGCGCGUGUCCUUCCACCUGAUGAGCGGCGACGACCACGCCAAGGCGUCCAAUUGCACCAUCGUGUCCAAGGACCUCUUCAGCAACGACCGCCCCAUCGACCAAGGCAUCUACUCGCUCAGCAUGGGGACCACCUCGUACAGCUUCCGCUGCAAGACCUGCCAGAACAUGCGCGACCGCUGCCCGGGCCACUUCGGCGCGGUGCAGUUGCGCUACCCCGUCGUGAACGCGCUCUUCCGCGGGGAGGUGCUGCGCUGGCUGCGCCGCGUGUGCCACGGCUGCGGGGCCGCGCUGGGCAAGACCUCCUCGUCGGCGAAAGCCGCGUACCCGAAGGAGCCCAUAUUCCUGCUCCGGCGCGACGCGGCCACGGGUGAGGAGAGGCGCUUGUUCAACGACGAAAUUGAGCGCAUCUUCGACCGCGUGGACAGCCAGGUCAGCUACCACCCUUCCGCGCUGCUGCUGCGCACGGUGCCCGCGGUGCCCAACAACGCGCGCCCGGACGUCCGCAAGCUCAAGUCUUCCACGCGCUCCAAUAAUAAUGACACCACCACCUUCAUCAAGAACGUGGUCUCCACCAACGAGAUGGUGCCCCUGCUGCUGACGGAGGAGGACAAGGCCGCGCACGAACCCGCGCUGAACUUGCUGGAAAUCACCCACAGCAACAUGGUGCGCGACCCGGCCGGCACGGCCACUUCCAGCCGCAUCGUGGGCAGCAACGGGCAGGCGCUGACGAGCCUCGGGGCGCGCUUGCGCGGCAAGGAGGGCCGCAUCCGCGGCAACCUCGAAGGCAAGCGCUUUCAGCACGGCGCCCGCUCGGUCAUCUGCGGCGACAACAACAUCGACAUCGACGAAGUGGGCAUCCCCAUCUCAGUCGCCAAGGUGCUGCAAGUGCCGAUGGUCGUGCGCGAGUACAACAUCGACGAGGCCAUGACCUACUUCAGCAACAAGAGCUGCGCGUACCCGGGGUGCAGCAAGCUCGUCAAGGGCGACACGGGCGCCACCUACCACAUCGCCUCCAUGAAGGACGGCAUCGCGCUGGAGUUCGGGGACACGCUCUACCGCGACCUCGUCGACGGGGACGAGGUGGCCAUGAACCGCGCGCCGUCGCUGCUCUACAGCGCCAUUUCGGGCCACCGCGUGCGCGUGCUCGGCAACGGGGACACCUUCCGGCUGUCCGUCAACGUGGCCGACACGCUCUACGGCGGGGACUUCGACGGCGACGCCAUGAGCGCGUACCUGCCGCACAGCAUCGUCGCGCGCAACGAGUGCGGCCUGCUCAGCAACCUCAAGCGCUGGUUCAUCUCGCUCAAAGACAGGUCCCCCGCCAUGGGCGUCUACCACGACAACUCCAUCGGCAUGGCCGAGCUCACGCGCAGCCACGUGCCUUCUUCGCGUGCUCGUGGAGCCUGCUGCGGCGGGGAGCCGACAAACUCGAGAGCCUGCUGA